GGGCGGCUCGGGGAGGAGGCCCCGCCCCCGCGUCCCGCCUUGCCCUCAGGUAUAAGAGCUGAGCUCAGGUGCACGGACUCCUAGCGUCUGUCCCAACGGCUCCCAGCAGGCAGAUCAUGAGCCAUCGGCUUCCCGGGCGCCAGCCAUAGGACGACACAGCUCUUGCUAGGACAAGCACACCGGGCACCAUGGGACAGUGUCGGUCAGCCAGUGCUGAGGAUGCGCAGGAAUUCAGCGACGUGGAGAGGGCCAUCGAGACCCUCAUCAAGAACUUCCACCAGUAUUCUGUGGAGGGUGGGAAGGAGACGCUGACCCCCUCUGAACUUCAGGACCUGGUCACACAGCAGCUGCCCCACCUCAUGCCGAGCAACUGUGGGCUGGAAGAGAAAAUCGCCAACUUGGGCAGCUGUAACGACUCUAAACUAGAGUUUGGGAGUUUCUGGGAGCUGAUUGGAGAAGCAGCCAGGAGUGUGAAGCUGGAAAGUCCUGUCCGGGGCAGCUGAGAACCUUUCCCUGGAAGUCUUGGCGGGGGGGGGGGGGGGGGGGGGGGGGGGGGAUGUUGGGGCCUAGAAAUAAAAUUCCUCUCUACCACCAGUAUGUGAUUCCCCGGUCUGCACCUGCUUCACCCCUGCAGGGCUCGAGUCCUUGGUGACCCUUCCCAGGGCUCUCCAACAUUGCCAGAGGGAGGCUGGGGGUGGGGGAGCAGGGAUGGAUGUGGUGAGUGCUGGAGGGAUAAGGAUGGUGUAAGGGCCAGGUACUUUGGUUGGGGGGAAGGGCAGAGAGGAGGUGGACUACUGGAAAUGAUUUGAAGAAGGGGGCUGGGAAUGGGGCAGGAUAUUUGGUGCUAAAAAUGGUCUCUGGGAACCUACCCUUCCUAAUCCCCACCCCAAAUGGUAGUGUGUCCAGGGCUCCACCUUCCCGCCUCCAGCUCUGGCCCAGCCUCCUCCCUGGCCUCUUUCCUUGGGCGAGGGUCAGGGAAGAGAGCAGGGGAGAGAGAGGACCAAUUGGGUGCUUGGGCAUUUAAAGAAUGAUGGUUGUUUUGUAUCAUUUGAUUAAUAAAAAAAUGGAAAAAAAGUGAAA